AUGGAGACAAGAAAGCGGAAGGACCACCUCGAGACUUAUAUAGCCGAUCUUGCUGUGAGCCCGGCCAAGCGGGCCAAAUCCUUCGAGUUUGAACAAAAGUUGAAGGCAUUUUAUCGCAAAAAAUGGAACGUCGCUGUACGCCCACCAUGCGCGCAGGGUGUCGAGGUCGAUUUGUACCGGAUGUACGAAGUGGUCACCGGAAUGGGUGGCUGGUCCAAGGUUUCGCAGCAAGAGCGCUGGUAUGAAGUGGCGGAACAGCUCGGAGUCCCGGAAGACUGUCUGGGCGGAGAGUUUGGUGUCAAGAUUUUCUACAUGAGGUAUCUCUCCAAAUUUGAACAAAGCGAAACCAUCGGCGACAUUGAUGAAUUGAUGGACAGCGAGUUCACGAGGGCAGCAAGAGGGCGCCAGAUGUCAUUCUUUGCGACAAACGACUGCCCGGUAUCGCAGCCCUAUAGAAGAGACGGUCCGAUAUCUGAGCCUGACUAUAACAAGUUGGUUCGAUCGCUGAUGACAGGUCUUCCGAACGAGGUGGAUUUUGCGGUGAAUAUCUGCACGUUACUCACGCAUCCUGGACCACGGCUACUUCGCGUGGCCAAGGCCCAAGCCGUUAUUAGUCUCUUGGUGGCCGCUGUUGGGAUUUUUGACGAAGCUGAGGAAGAGCUGCAGACGAUGUACGAGACGGUGUGGCGCGAAAACGGCCAGCACGACUUUUACGCCUUCUGGAUGGCUUCCGGCCUGAGCGCUGAGCAGCUUGAGCUCUUCUGCCCGGGCGCUGCCAAAUACAAAGAAGAUGAUACCCUGGGGUUGCUGUCAGAUAUCACGUUGAUCUACGAUCCAAAGGAUGUGUUGUGCUGGCGAGUGUAUCAGGUCAUUGGCAUCAUGCGCAAUCUAUCGUUUGAGCCGAUCAACCGGGUUCCAAUGGCCCAAAACUGGGCGCUUAUGAAAUUUUUACUUGCUUGUGCAAACUGUAAAUUCCCUCCAAUCUUCAACCCGGCCUUUGAUGCUUUGAGCAACCUGGCUUGUGACGUGGAUCUAACGUGGGAGCGAUUGCAGUCUAGCUCCGGCCAUCUACUGUUGGCCACGAUACAACGGGGAAUUUUCAGUGACGAUAAAGCACAGAUUAUCCGAUCGAUGGAAACACUGGGCAAUCUGUCGAUGCACGAGGAAAGCGCUCCGGUUUUGGUCGACUUCCUCACCGUCUCCGUUUUCAAGAAAAUCGCUGACAUGCUGGGAGUGCGUGACAUAAUGAUGUGCGUCUACACGUUAGAAUGUUUAUAUCAGCUGUCCCAAAUGGUGCCGGGCUGCUGUGAAACGCUUGCUAAGCUGCCGAACCUGAUCAAGGUGUUGGUGUCGAUGACGACGAUCGAGGCAGUCUCGUUUGGGAAGGACGGGCUGGUCGGGAUGAAGGUCGUUGAAUAUCACAACCCUCUGGCCGGGCCACCAGCUCAUCCGGCCGCUGCUCAACACCCAGCUGCCGCACAAGGUCAGCAGCCACACCCGGCGCCAAUACUAGCGCAAAACCGCCCUCCUCCUACGCCGCAACAACAGCAAAUACUCGCGAAGCCCCCGCCAAUGACGGUACAAGCGCCUCAACAACAACAACCCCCAGUCAAACCGCCCGUGCUCCACACCGCCACCCUACCACCGGUGCAAGCGCCUGCUCCUGUGGUCCAUAUCCCGACCGGAAACUACGGCUGUGACCUCAACAUCGAGCGGCUCACCUUCAACUGGCUACGCCAGAAUUGUGUGUUCCAACCGGGGUCCUGGACGGCGCGCGGCGAGCUGUAUUCGGCGUAUGUCGACGAUUUGAGGAAUCAUCACCAUUCGCUGUCUGGGUCGCUGAACACCUUCUCGAUGGUUAUGACCACAAUUUUUCCGGACGUUCAAUUUAAAAUGGCGGAAUCGUCACACACUCCACUCAUGGCCGCCCUCGGCAUCCGGCUCGUCAAUCCACACAAGCUCGUCACCCAACAAGGAGCUACCGUCUCGGUAUCGGCCGGCCAACCUGUCCCUCUAAAUGCCAUCCCUGUCAGCAAUGCUCCAGCGCAACCGGCUGCCCCUGGAAGUGCGCCGGCUUCACAGCCCUCUCCAACCGCCGUGGCAUCAUCGCAUCCGCUGAUGCAGCAAAUGCUUCAAAAACCGACCACAAAUGGGGUCGAGAAUGGCGUCGCAACACCGGAAGAGCCCGCCGCCGUAUCAGCCGCCACAGAAGCCCCCGAAGAACAGAAGCCUGAAGUCAACGAGGAGCCGCAACCAGUCGCCCCUGGAACUGCCGGGCCCUCUGAGACCCAGAUUUGCGAGACGGUCGUUGAGGCCAGUACCCUGGUCGACGAUAGCAAGCACGAGACUCCGAUUGUGCGUGUCGAAAAUGCUGGUGUUGCCCAAACGGAAGAGAAAAUCAACGUCCCCACGGAUGCGCAUGCUUCCGCUAGCGCCAAGGCGGAAGUUCCGGUUGCUGAGGUAGCCAGUCGGGAUUCGGUCAAAGCCACUCCUGCAAAAGAGAUCGAGCCAGCGGCAACGCCGGCUCCUGCGCCAGCCCCAGCUCCGGCCCCGGCUCCAGCUCCCGAAACAAAGCCCGUGCUCCAGUUGACCCCCACGAAGGUGGUGCGCGUGCACGAGCCCAAUAGGGUGAUGAUGUGCGAGUGGGAUGGCUGCGGGGAACUGUUCAUGAAACCGGUCCACGUGCUCCACCACCUGCUUGCGACGCACAUGCCGCCCGACGACGGCACGAUGUCGGUGUGCAAAUGGCCAAAUUGCGACGGCACUGAACGGAGCAAAUGGUCUCUCGUCACCCAUCUCCAAGACCACCAUUGUACUGAGAACAACCUGCUCACGAUGGCAAAACGACGAAAAGAAGGAGUUGCCCCCCGAACUCCACCAAAAUACAGAUCCGACAUCGUUCGCGACAUGCCACACCACCCGGGUUAUAGCCGCACAGCCGCCUACGACGCCAUCGGGCGCCACGCCUUCAAGUUUUUGCCGAGAGAAAUUACGGAUGAACCCGAGGGCCCCGUGACGAAAAGUCUGCGUCUAACCGCCUGCUUGAUCCUCCGAAAUUUGGCUCGUCAUUCUUAUGGCGGAAGAGACCAACUCCGACGACAUGAGCGUACGCUGUGCUGGCUGGCUUUGUCGCGGCUCGAAAGCGCGACCGCCCUUGCGCAAUUAUUGGCCGCGCUUCACGCCACUUAUGAGGCACAGGAAUUACCGGAACAAGAAGAGCCAGAAACUCCGGCGGCCGAUGAGACCGAACUGGAGAUGGACGAGGAGCCGAUGAUGUGCAAUGAU